UCCGGAGCUCCGCCCCUUCCGCUUCCCAGGCCUGACCUUCCGGCCGCUGGGUCGCACGCUGAGCCGACAUUGAGGCGUCCUCACGAUUCGGUCAGACCUUCCCCCCUCUCGCGGCAUCAUGGUGGCCUACUGGCGACAGGCUGGACUCAGCUACAUCCGCUACUCCCAGAUCUGUGCAAAAGCAGUGAGGGAUGCACUGAAAACUGAAUUCAAAGCAGGCGCCGAGAAGUCUUCCGGCAGCAGUGUCAAAAUUGUGAAAGUGAAGAAGGAAUAAUGUACCCUGCCUAAAGCUGGAAGUGCUACAUUUCCCAGGUGAAGAUGUGUGGGCACAGGUUAUGGCAGAUGGAAAACGAUCUCACUUCAUGGGGAAAAUAACACUGUAUACGGAUGGAUUGGCAGUGCCAAUAAACUGAAACAUGCUUCCCUCA